AUGGCCGGUUUACCCCUUUUCCCUCUGGAUGACCUGUGGGCUCCGGACUGUGCCAGCCUUCAUCCCCUGGUGUGCCACCUGUGCCACGAGCAGUACCGCCAGCCGUGUCUUCUGGACUGCUACCACAUCUUCUGUGCCAGCUGCUUGCACGGCAGGGCCAGCGAGAAUCGCCUCAUUUGCCCCCUCUGUGGAUGUCCCUCGGUUGUGAAGGGGACGAAUGCCCUCCCUCCUGAGGACCGUUUGCUGAGGUUCCUGGUGGAGAACUCCACUGAGAGCGUGGUGCAGUGCGCUAACUGUGAAAUGGAGUGUAAAACACAGGAUGCAGGGAUGAUGUAUUACUGUAACACCUGUAGCCAACCCCUGUGUGGACCCUGCAGAGAAACCACACAUAAAGCCAGGAUGUUCUCCUGCCAUGAAAUCGUCUCUCUGGCCAAGCGUGCCAAAGAGGGCCACAGGAAGUGCUCUCUUCAUGACGAGCUUUACAUCAUGUUCUCCACAGAGAAGAAAUCCAUGCUGUGCAUAAAGUGCUUCAGAGACAUGCAAGUGGAAAGCCGCAUGCACUGCAUAGAUAUUGAGACCGCAUACGCUCAGGGCUGUGAAAUACUGGACCAGGCAGUGCUGGCAGUGAAGGAGCUCCAGACGUCUGCACGGGAGGCCAUCGUCCUGCUCAAGGCCAUGCUGGGAGAAGUGCGCGCUAAUGUAGAGGAGGAGGAGAGCGCUAUCUGCAACCUAUUCAACAGCAUGCGGGAGAAGCUGGCAGACAGGAAGAGGAUUCUGUUAAAAGCUGCUCAGAGUCAGCACGAGGAGAAGGAGAAGGCACUGAAGGAGCAGCUCUCUCACUUGGCUGCACUCCUACCCACACUUCAGGUUCACUUGGUCACAUGCUCAGCCUUUCUCAGUUCAGCUAACAAGUACGAGUUCCUCGACAUGGGAUAUCAACUGAUGGAGAGACUGUGCAGGAUUGUGAAGCUGCCUCAUCGACUCCGGCCCACCCAGAGCAGCAAAAUUAACACAGAUUUCCGUGCUGAGUUUGCCCGCUGCCUGGAGCCACUGCUGCUAAUGGGACAACGCAGACCGGGUUCAGUCUCUGGAGGAGGAGUCACUGUCAGCAACCUAGGAAGGGGGCAAUGGCGUUAUCCCAGAAGUCAUUUGGAUUUUAAGGUGCAGUCCACUUGGUCCAUGUCGUGCCGGUCCCCGUCUCUCAGUGACAUGCCUCAGGUUCCCUCUCUAGGACGCAGACCCACUUCUCACCGCUAUAUCUGCACCAAGGUCCUGCUGGCUGAGGGCGGAGACACACCCUUCACCGAGCACUGCCGCAACUAUGAGAACAGCUACCGGACGCUCCAGACUGAGAUCCAGAAGCUGAAGGACCAGGUGCAGGAGAUGCACAGAGACCUGACCAAGCACCACUCGCUCAUCAAUACAGACACCAUGGGGGAGAUCCUGGAGAGAUCUCUGCACAUAGACCAGCAGAUCACAUCUCAGUACUCCUCCGUGCAGACCCUCAGGGGCAUGUUUGAGGAGAUAUGGGAGGAAACCUUUCAAAGAGUCGCAAAUGAGCAGGAGAUCUAUGAAGCACAGCUUCACGAUCUUCUUCAGCUGAAGCAGGAAAACUCCUACCUGACGACCAUCGCACGGCAGAUCGGACCGUAUAUAUUGUCCAUAGCAAAAGUGAAGGAACGUCUAGAGCCCAGGUUCCAGGAACCAAAAGAACUUGAGGAUGAUCGCACAGAGACCAUGCUGAAGAUCUAUGAGGACAGUACAAUGACCAGUGAAUCACAGCACAGUGAUGAGAGCAUCUACAGCUGGGAUUCAAACAGAAACAAGAGAGCUCUAAUCUUACAGCCCGAUGAGAUCCCACCAAAGAACACAGACUACCGCUGGCAAAGCAAGAGGAACACCUCAGAAGCGUCCUGCCGCAAAGAACUGCCACUAUAACCCACAGCGAGCUGAAGGAACUUUCUCAUAACGCUGAUAUCCAGCGAUAUGAAACACCUCAGUAGACAAAUGGACGGCAGUAAUGUGAAGAGGACUGUGGCUCCUACUUUAUUGAGUCGGAAGAACAAAUGGACAUUAUGCUACAUUUAUGAGCUCCUGUGGAGAGGAGGAAAUGAAGGACAAUGGAGUGGAAACUGGAGAUGACUGAUGUGUAGUGAAUGUACUGAAAUUCUAAUUUGUAGCCGAAAUAGUUCUACCGUGGUUUGAAUAAUGUGUCAUAUUGAAUGUUUAAAAAUAGAGUUUCUGGUUUGUGCACUGAAUAUA